UGUCAUGUGUUAUAGUGCUUUACAAUACAGAGUCAAGUAGUUUGUAUCAUUUCUAGCCUCAUAAAAUGUUAUCAACCGCAAGGGGUUGUGAUAUUAUUUACAGAUCAUCAUUGUAGUUCAGCACCAUUACAGCAGAUUUCCAGUGAUUUCUUUACGAGAUAUCGAUGGUCUUUAAUUCAGACUCCACGCUGUCACUGGCAGUCAAGUUUGUACCCUAGCACCUGAUGAUAUUUGUGACUCGACAUGUUACAAGUCAAAAGAUGGUAAACUCCGAAAACCAUCAUGGAGAGAUGCUCCUGGUGGUAAAAAAUAUUACCCAUCCCAUAAUAUUGCACCUGGAUCACACACACCUGUCAUGCUGUCAAGGCAACAUUUCCCAUCUGCGGAGUUCGAGGAUGGAGUUGAAAGAGUUAUUCAACCAAUGAAGUGGGGACUGGUUCCUACCUGGCAUAAAGGAGAUCCUUAUAAACUAGAGUAUGAAACAAACAACUGCAGGGCAGAAGGAAUGUUAACAAAGAGAACUUAUAAAAUACCAUUAGAGAAAGGAAGAAGAUGUGUUAUUUUAGCAGAUGGGUUUUUUGAAUGGAAAAGAACAAAAGAAAGUAAACAGCCUUAUUUUAUAUAUUUUCCCAAUGAUGGUCAUAAAGAGGGCAAAUCAGAAAUAAAAUCUGAAAUUAACAUCAAAAAGGAAAAUCAGGAAGGGGAGGACCCGAAAGUAAAAGUAGAACUUGGUGAUGUAAAGGUUGAAACAAGUGAUAUAAAAUUAGAACCAGCAGAAAAUAGCGAGGAGGUUAAACCCGAACUAAGUGGCAUUAAAGUUGAAACCACAGACAUAAAAAUAGAACCAAGUGACAUAAAAGUUGAAACCAGUGACAUAAAAUUGAAAUCGGCAGAAAAUAAUAAUGUUAAACCUAUUAAUAAAUCUGCAACUUCGAAACUUAAAGAUUUAGAGAGAAGUGCUGAACAUAAAGAAGAAAAGAAAUCAACUUUAUUAACAGUAGCAGGUGUGUUUGAGGUUUGGAAACCUCCCGAUGGAUCAGAUGAAUUAUAUUCGUAUAGUAUAAUAACAGUUGAUUCAUCACCUGCUAUGGCAUGGAUUCAUCAUAGAAUGCCGGCUAUAUUAACAAAUGAUGCUGAAAUAGAAGAAUGGUUGGAUUUUGGUAAUGUUCCUCUUAGCAAGGCGAGUAAGUUAAUUCGACCAACAGAUUGUUUAACAAUGCAUCCUGUAUCCUCUAUAGUAAAUAACUCGAGAAAUAAAUCACCUGAGUGUGUGAAAAAAAUAGACCCACAGAAACCAAAGAAAUCUGCUGGCAGUAAUUUUAUGAUGAAUUGGUUGGGGAAAGGAAAACAAGAAAAAGAUGCAGAGACGACAGAGUCUCCUUCAAAACGCUUUAAAUCACAAUAAUGAUCAUCACAUUGUCCGUUGUGAAAUAACUAGAAUGUUUUAGUGAUAAAGGUGUUAACGGUACUGUUAAUGUGUUUAGAGGUUGAGUACAACUUACUUAUUUAAGGUAGAUAGCAAAUUAAGAACAGAAACAUUCUGUAGACGAUAAAUAUUAACUAAUUUUACAUACAGCUUCUGGCAGAAACACAUCAGACUACAAACUUUAUUUUCUGUUAUCAUGAUUGUUACAGUAAUUCUUUAUUAAGUAUAUAAUAAUUGAUAUAAAACUAUAUUUUAUAAAACUGUUUAUUUUUAUAUUAUCUAGUCUAAAUAAAACUAUUAUCUUUAAAGGGCAUUUAGUUAAAGUAGCCAAGUCUCUAACUCAACAUCAUCAAAAAUCUUCGACAUUGAAAACACAAAUUAUUUGUCAAUUCAAAUCAACAUGGGCUUCUGAUAUCGGAUAUUCAAGACAAAAUAAACAUUUUACCAUUGGUACACGAAUCGUGUACCAUAAUGCGUUUCAGCGCCAUUUGGAACAAGGGACUCAAAGAACAGAGCUAGAUAUAUUUUACAAGUCAUGUCAAAUGGUGACGCUAUAUUCUUAUCUCGAGAGCAUGCGCAAUAAAUACUAUCGGUGUAGACUGGAAAAACCAGAUGCUAAAGAUUGCCAUUCACAUAAGACUUCUGGCGUAUUUCGCCGAACAUAACUGAUUAGAAAUUACAGUAAAAAUAGAAACGAUUGAAUGUAAAUGAGUUUAUAUACAUUCAUAUUACAUUAUUAUAUGCGUUGCGACCCAUUUUUGUCAAUUUCUAGGUCCCAAAUAUUAGUGAUUUAGCUCCUUUAAAGCGAUAUAUAUAAUAACAGACCAAGAGACCGCUUUGUAUGAUAAUGGUGAGAGUAACCUCAUUGAAACAUUGCAGUUAAUAAACCUAGUGAAUGUUAUCCAUAAAGCUGUCUGUUAUUAUAAAUAAAACUACCAAUAUAAUAAUGGUCUGAAUCAAGUUACCAUAUUGUAUCCUUCAAGAAAGUA